UUAUUUUAUUUACUAUCAGGCUUCAGUAUGAAACAUUAGAUCCAGAUUUACAGUCUCACAGGAACCGCAAGAACUUUGCAGACAGUCUCCUGAAGAUCUUCCAGGAUCUUGAGAGCAAAAUAAUAAAAUUUCUAAAGAAAGAACUGGAAAAGUUUAAGAAAAUAUUACAAAAAGAAGACUUAGACUACUUUGUGAAGGAUUUUAAUGAGAAAAGAUGCAGAAACAAAGAAGCGGCUCUUGAUCUCACGCUCUACUUCCUGAGAGAGAUGAAGCAAGAUGAAGCUGCUGAUACUCUAGAAGAUGAACUGUUCUUCAUUCAUCAGCUAAAGUGUAGCCUAAAGAAGAAGUAUCAAUGUGUGUUUGAAGGAAUUGCAAAGCAAGGUGACUCUACACUUCUGAAGAACAUCUACACAGAUCUCUAUAUCACUCAGGGUUGUAGUGAACAGGUCAAUACUGAACAUGAGGUGAGACAGAUUGAAGCUGCUUCCAGACGUCAUGAAUCACAGGAGAUACAGGUUGAGAGCAAAAAUGUGUUUGAAGCACCUGAACAAGACAAGCAGAUCAGAACUGUACUGACAAAAGGAGUUGCUGGCAUCGGAAAAUCAGUCUCUGUGCAGAAGUUUGUUCUGGAUUGGGCCGAAGGAAAAGAAAAUCAAGAUAUCAGCUUCAUAUUUCCUCUUCCAUUUAGAGAGAUGAACUUAAAGAAGCAAGAAAAACUAAGUUUGAUGGACAUUAUAACUCAGUUUUUCCCAGAGACAAAAGGACUGAACCUUACAAGAAGAAAUCAAUUCAAAGUCUUGUUCAUUCUUGAUGGAUUGGAUGAAUGUCGACUUCCUGUAAACUUUAACGAUAAUAAGACGUGGUCUGAUGUAUCAUCACCAACCUCUCUGGAUGUUAUCCUAACGAACCUCAUCAAGGGAAAUCUGCUUCCUUCUGCUCUCAUCUGGAUCACCAGCAGACCAGCAGCUGCCAGUAAGAUUCCUCCUGACUGUAUCGACCGGCUGACAGAGAUACGAGGAUUCAAUGAUGCACAAAAGGAGGAGUACUUCAGAAAAAGAUUCACAGAUGAGAAUCAGGCCAAAGAAAUCAUUGAUCACGUUAAAAAAUCAAAGAGUCUCUUUAUCAUGUGCCACAUCCCAGUCUUCUGCUGGAUUUCAGCCACUGUUCUCCAGAACAUUUUAGAGGAGAAAAGAAAUAAUGCUGUGAAAAACAAUCAGGCUGAUGAUGCCUCCAAAACACUGCAGGAGUCAAACACUGAAGACACUCCUAAGACUCUGACACAAAUGUACACACACUUCCUCAGAUUUCAGAUCCAGCAGAGCAGACGAAAGUAUGAUGGAGAACAUACACCAGAUGUUUCCUGGGAUAAAGAUGCCAUCUUUUCACUGGGGAAACUGGCUUUUCAUCAGCUGGAAAGAAACAAUGUGAUCUUCUAUGACACAGAUCUGGAAGCCUGUGGUAUUGACGUCUAUAAGGCAUCAGUGUACUCAGGCAUGUGUACCCAGAUCUUUAAGGAGGAAACAGGGAUCCUUCUUGGUACCAUGUACUGCUUCGUUCACUUGAGCAUUCAAGAGUUUAUUGCAGCUCUUUAUGCACAUCUGUUUCUAGACAUCAACAAGAAGUGUGUGUUUGAUCAAGACUCUACAGAACAGGAAAACAAAAGUAAAAACAUGAUUGAUUUGCUCAAGACUGCAGUGGACAAGGCACUAGAGAGUGAUAAUGGACACCUGGAUCUUUUUCUUCGCUUCCUCCUUGGUUUGUCACUCCAGUCCAAUCAGAGACUCUUACAGGGUCUGUUGACACAGCAAAAUAGAAAUGACCAGAGCAAAAAGGAAAUAGUUCAGUACAUCAAGCAGAAAUUAGAAUCUAAUCUGUCUCCAGAGAGAUCCAUCAAUCUGUUCUACUGUCUGAAUGAACUGAACGACCAAACUCUGGUGAAAGACAUUCAGACCCACCUUAGCAAAGGAAGUCUCUCAUCUGCUGAUCUUUCACCUGCCCAGUGGUCUGCUUUGGUCUUUGUGUUGUUGACAUCAGAGGAGGAGCUGGAGGAGUUUGAGCUUCAGAAAUUCAAGAAAUCAGACGAGUGUCUCAUUAGAUUAUCAGCAGUCAUCAAAACCUCCAAAAGAGCUCUGUUAAAUGAUUGUGGCUUAACAGACAAAAGCUGUCCAGCUCUGGCUACAGUUCUUGGAUCAGAUACCAAUCUGAAAGAGAUGAACAUGAACAAUAAUAAUCUGCAGGAUUCAGGAGUGGAGCUCCUCUGCACUGGACUGAAGAAUAUUAAUUGCAAACUAGAGAUACUGAGACUUUCAGACUGCAGUAUCAGUGAAGAAGGUUAUAAAGCUCUGUCUUCAGCUCUGAGAUCAAACCCUUCACACCUGAUAGAGCUGGAUCUCACAGGAAAUGAUCCUGGACCAUCAGGAGUGAAGCAGCUCAGUGAUUUACUACAAGAUCCAAACUGUCAACUCAAGACUCUGAGGUUUUUGGGUCCUGCUGCAGAUGAAGGCUGUCAGUAUGUGACUGGAAUUGUGGGUAAAAACCCGUUACUCCUGAGAGAGCUGGAUCUGAAGGGACGUAAACUAGGAGACACAGAAGUGAAUCAGAUCUCUGCUCUACUGCAGGAUAAACACUGUACACUCAACACACUGAAUCUGUGUGAUUGCAGUAUUACAGAGAAACAGUGUCUCAUCCUGACUUCAGCUCUGAAAUCAAACCCAUCACACCUGAGAGAACUGAUCCUGAGCUGGAAUGAACUACUAGGAGACUCUGGAGUGAAAAACCUCAGUGAUCUACUGAUGAAAACACAAUUCAAGCUGGAGAAACUAGAUCUGUAUGGAUGCAGUAUUACAGAGAAACAGUGUCUCAUCCUGACUUCAGCUCUGAAAUCAAACCCAUCACACCUGAGAGAACUGAACCUGAGCUGGAGUAAACUAGGAGACUCUGGAGUGAAAAACCUCAGUGAUCUACUGAUGAACACACAAUUCAAGCUGGAGAAACUACAUCUGUGUGAUUGCAGUAUUACAGAGAAACAGUGUCUCAUCCUGACUUCAGCUCUGAAAUCAAACCCAUCACACCUGAGAGAACUGGACCUGAGCUGGAAUCAAAUAAAAAACACAGGAGUGAAUCACUUAUGUGACGUACUGAAGGAUUCACACUGUAAACUGGAGAGAUUGAGUCUUUAUGACUGUGGCAUUACAGAUGUUUCUUCUUUAACUCAGUCUUUGACGAACACAAAAGCUCUGAAGUUUCUAAAAGAGCUUGAUCUGAGACACAAUAUGAUUAGAGACUCAAAGCAGAAGCUCAUUAAUGUGCUACGAGACUCAAACUGUAAACUGAUAGUAGAUAGAUAGAGAUGCAUCACCAAAAGAUGAUAAAUGCUGUAUAUCAUGAAGUGAAGUGUUCUUGAGAGGAGCAGUAAACAUCAGCUGAAGAUCCACAGAAGAGCUUCACUACUGUGUCUAUGAGGAAUAAAUGUGUGUGAUAAAUGUGUAAAUGUGGUCCAUACAGGUGAAGAGACUCAGACUUUACACUGAAAUAAUGCAGCAUGUGUGUUAGAAACAUGAUAUUUAAUGAUUAAUGUUGCUUUAGUAUUCAAGCAGAUGAUCAUUGUGUUUAAUGUAAAGCUGGAACAGAGGAGGAAGAAGCUCAGAUGAGUCUGUCUGGCUCUUCAGUUUAAUAAUAUUUGUAUUAAAACUCAUUCAUAAUGAGUUCAAAUGUUUAAAUGUGAUUGUCAAGUGCAGCACUUAAAUGUAUCAAAAGAUAUGAAGCAGAUCUACAAUGUGUGAAAUUUCCAUGUUACUUAAAACAUUUCCAUGAUCUAUCUUACAUUUUCUACACAGUUAUUCUAUUUAAUUCUAUAUUAAGUUAGCUCUGUGUCUGUCUGUUGCUAACAAUCACAAAUGCUCUCAUUACAACAAACAAAGCAGAAACACAGAGUAAAUAAAAGCUGGAUUGUGCA